CAAUUGUUUGACUUCGAGUCGCACACUUGGCACGAGCAGGCUAAUUUACCAAAGGCGGCUGCGGAAGGAAGAUUGUGAACGAUGUCUGGUGAAGAGGAAAGAUACAAACUGGUGGUCGUGGGUGGAGGAGGUGUGGGAAAGAGCGCUUUGACCAUUCAGUUCAUCCAGUCAUACUUUGUGUCUGAUUAUGAUCCUACCAUUGAAGACUCUUACACUAAAAUCUGCACUGUGGAUGGGAAGGAGACUCGACUUGACAUUUUGGACACAGCAGGUCAAGAGGAGUUUGGCGCCAUGAGAGAGCAGUACAUGCGAUCAGGAGAAGGCUUCUUGUUGGUGUUUGCUUUGAAUGACAGUGGGAGUUACACUGAGAUCCAGAAGUUCCAUACUCAGAUUUUGAGGGUGAAGGAUCGAGAUGACUUCCCCAUGGUUCUGGUCGGGAACAAAUCGGAUCUGGAACAACAGAGAGUGGUUUCCCGUGAGGAGGCCAUGGCAUUCGCCAGAGAGAACAGGAUCCACUACAUGGAAUCGUCGGCCAAGAGCCGCUACAACGUGGAUGAGGCUUUUUUGGAGGUGGUGAGAGCAAUAAGAAAAUUCCAGGAGACUGAGAGUCCCCCACUCCCUGCUAAUCAUGGUCGGAAGCAGAAGAGUAACAGCUGUCCCUGCAGCCUCCUCUAACUCCUGUUCUGCACUGUCGCCAAGGAGACUGAAGCCCCCACCCUCACGCCCGGUGCCUUACUUCUGCACAUAGUGUGUGUUUGUGUGUGUGUGUGUGAGUGUGUCUGAGUGAAAGAGGGACAGGUUUUUAAGCAACAUACCAAGGUUGGCCUUUAUGUGUAACGAACUCUUUGUGUGUGUGUGUGCGUGUUUGUGUGUAUGUGUGUGAGUGACAAAAUGUGUUAAAAGUGAUGUGAUUGGUUGACGAAAAAGGUGGGCAAUCGCAGAGUCAUUGGCCAAUGAGAGAUGGGCAGCUCUCUUUGAGGAGGGGGUGAUGGCUACCAUUCCAGUUUUGUUUUGUUCGCACUUUUAAGUGAGUAUCUUUAGAAUAAGUGUUUUUUGUUUUGUUUUUCUGUUUUUGUUUUAAAUUUGGGGUUCAAAGUGAUUUUUUUAACCAGAGAAUUUUGUCAUUUCUUAAACAUUUCAUCGAGAGGAUGGAAAGGAAGAGGCUGUUGCUCUCGGUAAGGAUUUAGGAAACAUGAUGCUAGGACAAAUAUCUCUUCGAGAGAGAGAGAGAGAGAGAGAAAGAAGAAAGAAAGGAAAGAUAGAAUGAACAUGUAUCUUCUUGUCAGUGCGGUCAAAAUAGCAUCAACAUAGUAUCUGCUGGAGUUAAGGGAGUUUUAUAUGUGUGGCUAUCAACCAAUCAGUGGUUUUCUCUAGAGACGAGAUAGAGUGUAUUAGGACCACAAAUACUUUAUCAUGUUUCUUGUCAGCACUGAUCUUAGGUUUAGUGGUGGUGUUGUUGUUGUUGUUGUUUUUAAACACAAACAAUAUUAGAUAUCUGACAUAAAGCUGACAUAAUGCAGGACUUAAUGGUUACCAUGCUAGUUUCAGAUGUGUAACCAUUUUAAGAUAACCUGGGUAUUGAGAGUCAAGGCUUCAGACAGGUGCUGUGAAGAGGUUUCCUUUCCUGAUUUAAUUUCCGUAAUGAGAACUGAGCUUGAAAGUCCUGGGUGUAGGCAAUUCAGACAUUUCAUAACCAGACAAACUGUGGGCUGUUUUCUUUUCCUCUAUCACGGUUUGUUUUUUUUUUUUUUUUCAACCUCUCUGGAUUGCUCUAUAGGGGAUAGAACGAAAGCAGGAGGUUGGGAAUGAUUCUGUAGUGUUUUUAUGGAUGGAUUGUGUGUGUGUGUGUGUGUGUGUGUGCAUGUGUGCGCGUGCAUGUGCACGUGGAGGCAUAAUGUGUGCAUG